UCUUUCAGAAUCUCCUGAUAAUUCGCAUUUUCCAAUAAUAGUCCGAUAUUUUCUCAUAUUCUCUGUUUAGUUUUGCGGAAAACAAUUUCCAAAAGCAUUAGCAAAGUCAAGCACACACCAAACCUACCUACCCCCUUCUCUUUCCCUAUUAUAUAAACAGUUACCUUGUAGGAAUCUCUUUAGUGUACGUAAUUACAAAGAAUAUUUUAGAAGAUUCCUCAAAAAAUGUCGGCACUUGCAGAUUUGAUCAAUCUCGAUCUCUCCGAUUCCACUGACCAGAUCAUCGCCGAGUACAUAUGGAUUGGUGGAUCAGGCUUGGAUAUGAGAAGCAAAGCAAGGACUUUGUCGGGACCAGUGAAAGAUCCAUCGGAGUUGCCGAAAUGGAACUAUGAUGGUUCUAGCACCGGCCAAGCUCCUGGCGAUGACAGUGAAGUCAUCCUCUACCCUCAAGCUAUCUUCAAAGACCCCUUCAGGAGAGGCAACAACAUCCUUGUGAUGUGUGACGCGUAUACACCAGCCGGUGAACCGAUUCCCACUAACAAAAGGCAUGCAGCAGCCAAGAUCUUUAGCGAUCCCAACGUUGUCGCCGAAGUAACAUGGUAUGGAAUUGAGCAAGAGUAUACUUUGCUGCAAAAGGAUAUUAAGUGGCCUGUAGGUUGGCCAGUCGGCGGCUUCCCAGGUCCUCAGGGACCAUACUACUGUGGAGUUGGAGCAGACAAAGCUUUUGGAAGAGACAUCGUGGAUUCUCAUUACAAAGCUUGUCUUUACGCCGGAAUCAAUGUCAGUGGCACCAACGGAGAAGUCAUGCCCGGUCAGUGGGAGUUCCAAGUCGGUCCUACCGUUGGAAUUGCUGCCGCCGAUCAGGUCUGGGUCGCUCGUUACAUCCUCGAGAGGAUCACAGAACUUGCUGGAGUUGUUCUGUCUUUAGACCCUAAACCAAUUCCGGGAGACUGGAAUGGUGCAGGAGCACACACAAAUUACAGGAGUCAAGAAGCCAUGGAGAGAGGUCAGGAUGUGGAGAACUGGUGGUGUGAUGAGCCUGAGGUUGCUGGUGCCAUUGAGGCGUGGGAAGCGGUAAGUGCGGAGCAGACCAAGGGGCAGGACCACGAUAGGGAGGAGGGUACUGUGGCGAGUAGGAGGGAGCUGGUGAGGGUGGUCGGAAUUGCGGACAGCGGUGAGCACCAUGACCCUGAACUCCACAAAUUUGACACUUUCCAAGGUAUGGGCGUGAUGGAAGAGAACUUCCACGAGAAGAGUUGUAGCCACCACGGGAAGACGGCUAAGACGGCCUGAAACCAGACUGAGUGGCGUUCGCAGUGGCUGGAACAAAAAAGUCUAUUUUCCAGAGGCUUUGAGGGCAUUAUCGCGGUUGAUCAGUUUUUCAUGGAGUUCCGGGAUUGAGAUUGGCGUGUCACGGCCUUGAACCAUCUCAAUGACAGCUCGGUAGUCUUCACCAAGACCAGACGUGAUAUAGUCCAAAAGAUCUUCAUGAGGAAGAGGAGCAUCAAGCAGAGCGAGUUUGUCGGACUUGUCGAUGAUAUCACGCAUGUAGUCAUGAAUCGACUUAGUCCCUUUGGAGAUGUCUUUGAGCUGGUCCCUGAUUUGACGGAUGUGACCACGAGAUGCGUUGCCAUAGGUGCGAGAGAGAGUGAGCCAAAGAUCUCUUGUUGUUGCAGUACGAGCAACAAUUGGCUGAACAGAGAGAGAGAGAGAACCGAGGAUGACACUGAAAAGGAGCUUAUCUUGACGUUUCCAAGCCGCAAGGUUUGGAUUUGGUUGAGAUGCACCAGUAGAGGUGGUGACGUUUUCAGCAGGCGUUUUGUCUUCGUCGUCGAUGAAGACAUGAAGGUCAUGAGCCUCAAGAAGAGAUCUGAUCUGUAAGCGCCAAGUAAUGAAAUUAUUUGGCGUGAGUUUGGUGAUGUUGGCCAUGUUGAGGGAGAUCAAGGUUUUGUGAGGCUUGGAUAUGUUAAAGACAGGGGAGGAUUCAGCAGAGGUAGAGGAGACUUCGGAUGUCAUGAUGAACAGAGAAAUUGCAGAGAAAAACAGAGGAGAGAAAAAAAAAGAUCGGUG